AUGGAAAGGGCAAAGGCCUUUGGUGCUGAGACGGACGGGAUUAUCUUGCCGGUCCCUCUCACAGGGGAGGUGCUACGAAUUCUGGCAGCGUCUUCCCAGUAUUUGGCUGCUGUUUCGCAUCUUGAAGCUCUCAUGAGCGCGGCCACACUUUUCGAAGACAACGCGACAAGCCUUUUCAACAUGAUUCUUCUGGGAAUGCAGCAGUCUGGUCAUCCUUUGACACCGAACCGCGUAGACCAGGUGGUGAAAAGGAUGAUUGAAGCUCGAGCCGAGCCCAACUCCGAAACCCUGCGUACGCUCGUGGAAUCUAAGAUGCAAAAUGCUGGUCCUGGGUUUCUCAUGGAUGUGGGGCAAACGGUGCUAGACUUGGGGCGCCGCUUUGCUGGCAUCCCGCCACAGGGUACGGCAUUGCUGGCCGUCAGUGCCGCACAUCUCCGGGCAGGAGACAUUGAUGCCGCAUACCGCUGGUUCCUUGCAAGCCAGCUGGAGGAGAAGAGGCAGAGCCUGGGCCCUCCGAGCACUAACGGCGUUGGCUCCAGCACGCUUGAGCUCGUGUCGCAGUUGGCGCGCGGCCUCGCGGUUGCAGGCCAAGCGACUCAGUUGCUGCGCCUUCUUCAGAGGGUGCAGAAGGAUAAAGGAAAGCUCCCCAGAAGUACCGCAUCGGUUGCCUUAGCUGGCUACACGUCCGGCCGCACCCUGGCCACAUGCUGGCUGGAGCCACCUGCCGACGUGGUUAGACGGCGUGGCAUUUGGGCUUCCGGAGACAAGGUGAGGGUCACAUGCGCAGAGCAGUGGAACUGGAGCCAGCUCGAUGCAUCCCGCCAUGAGGUGCACCAGUGGCAUCCAUAUAUGGCACCAGACACGAAGCUGGAACGAGCGUGGGUAACCCCAUUCCGUGCCUUUGAUGUGAACGCCUUGGGCCUUGUCCGCGACUGGUGCGGGGAGACGCCUGCGCAGGCAACAGCUCGGGAGCGACUUGGCGAACGAGACAAAAGCCCAGCCCUGGACAUGAGAUCGGCUCUCUGUGUCGAACCGCCUGGAGCGCGUGUCAGCAACAGCUCCUCUUUCUUCUCUCUAUCUGAGCGUGCCAAGAGCCGGCCGGUGGCCUUGACGCCGAAGCCCCGUACGUGGCGAAGCUUUCAGGCCGAUGUCGUAAAGAAGGCUUUUGCAACCUCCAACCGCUUUCGGGCUGCCAGCCCGGAGCGCCUCCGGCAGGUCUUGCUAGCUGAAAAGUCCUCGCAGCUUCUGCUUGGAGCAAAGCAGGUACCGGUCAAUUCCCAGGUCCCGUGGCUCGAGCUGGAGGCAAAUGUCAAGUCUCUCAGUGGCCAAGAAAAGGAGGCCUUGAUCAAAUUCGAGGACGUCAAAAAUCCCACCAGGGCAGAGAUGGAAGAAGCCCUCGUCAUCGCCAAGUUCGGCGAAGACUUCUUGGCAUCUAAGACGAAGUCGUCCAUCAUAGCUAUGUUCAAGGCUGCCACGUCAAUUGCAAAAGGGGAGUCGUGUCGGCUGGAGAAGUCGGACGAGGAUUAUCUGCAAAGUGUGCAGAAUUUGUCUGACGACGAGCUCGAGCAAGCUUGGAAGCUCCUGUACGCCCAGCGCAGCACGGAAAUCAUGGGUCCAAAGUUGUCCGCCAAAGUGGAGGCAAGCCUUCUUGAAGAGUUGGAGGAGGACGAGAAGCUGAGAGGAAGCGCUCAGGAUGAGCUUGAGUUGGCUUUGGAAGUCCUCAGCUCCUUGCGAGAUGUUGGCGUGAAACCCACAUCCAUGGACUGCAAGGCAUUGCUCCAGGCGGCGCAUGCCAUUGGCAAUCCCGAGCUCGCCACGAAGGUCAUGGAGAGCCUUGCAGGAACCCUGGACGAGCUGGAGGAGCCACCGACAGAACUCGGGCUGGCAGGGCAGACCUUGCUGCAGGCCAUGCAAGAUGGCGGCUGGGAAAAAGAGGCCUCGGAGGAGUUUCUGAAGGGGAAGCGUGUCUUCACCAGGCUCCGGGACGCCGAAGAGUUUGCAGAAUCGACGGAUCCCUGUGUCUAA